AUGCUGACGUUGUUUAAAAAUCCCCACUAUGCUCACGUAUGCGAAGCUCAUCUGUCAGAUGUUAACAGUACUGAUAAGGAUAUCUGGACAUUUCCAGCUGCUGUUAUUUACUACAAUUACAAUAAUUCCUGUCACGGCAACGUCUGUCCUGCUUCCGAAUGGGGAAGGCUGCUACUAGUCAUCUACGGAAUGAUUGGAAUCCCAUUAGCUUUGGUGACAAUGGCCGAAACUGGCAAAUUCAUUAGCCGGUAU